AUGGCGAAGGGUUUUUACAUCAGUAAAACUGUUGGGAUAGUGUGUGGUGUGGUGGCCGUGGGUGCUGUGGCCACUAUCAUAGCUCUGUCUGUUGUUUACUCGCAGGAAAAGGCGAAAAACAAUGACAGUAAACCACCCCUAUCCACUGAACCGCCCGACCCAACAACAGCUAAACCAGCCAGCCAGACAACGGCUGAACCCUAUGAGCCUUGGUUAGACUAUCGGCUGCCCGGGACCCUGAAACCAAUCCACUAUAACGUCACCCUGUGGCCACGACUGACUCCAGAUGCAACCGGAAAAUACAUCUUUACUGGUGAGUCCCUUGUGGAAUUUCUCUGUGUUGAGGAAACCGAUGUGAUUCUCAUCCACUCCAACAAGCUGAACUACGGCACACUUAGGGAUGGCCACUCAGUGAGGCUCACUGCAGUCAGCGGUCGCAACACAGCCCUCGGCAUCAAGUCCAUGUGGCUGAAGCUUGAGACUCAGUACCUGGUCGUGCAGCUGGACGGUAAAAUGACGAAGGGCAACUACUACUCCUUCAAAACCGUCUUUCAUGGGGAGCUGGCUGAUGACCUGGGAGGCUUCUACAGGAGCGAGUACAUUGAGAACGGAGUAAAGAAGGUUAUUGCGACCACUCAGAUGCAGCCGACGGAUGCCAGGAAGGCUUUCCCCUGCUUUGAUGAGCCGGCGAUGAAGGCUACUUUCGACAUCACUUUGAUCCACGACCUGCAGACUAUAGCCCUGUCCAACGGCAAGGAAAUAGAAACAACAAACGUCACCAUGGAUGGUGAAAAUGUGCUGGUGACAAAAUUUGAGAGAACUGAGGAAAUGUCCACCUACCUGCUGGCGUUUAUCGUCAGCGAAUUCGGUUUCAUCCAAGACAACAGCAGUGAUGUUUUGGUCCGCAUCUACGCCCGGAAGCCUGCUAUCGAUGCCGGCCAAGGACACUAUGCUCUCACCAAAACUGGACCCAUUCUGAAAUUUUUUGAGCAGUAUUACAAUGUCAGCUACCCUCUGCCCAAGUCUGAUCAGAUAGCUCUACCGGACUUCAAUGCUGGAGCCAUGGAGAACUGGGGUCUGAUCACCUACAGGGAGACGGCGCUGCUGUACGAUGAGGAAUACUCGUCCAACUCCAACAAGGAGAGGGUCGCCACCGUCAUCGCCCACGAGCUGGCUCACAUGUGGUUUGGUAAUCUUGUGACCAUACGAUGGUGGAAUGACUUGUGGCUGAACGAAGGUUUUGCGUCCUACGUGGAGUACCUGGGAGCACAUGAAGCUGAGCCCACCUGGAACAUUAAAGACCUCAUUGUCCUUAAUGAUGUCCACCGAGUGUUCGCUGUUGACGCCUUGGCCUCGUCUCACCCUCUGUCCUCUAAAGAAGAAGACAUCCAGACACCAGCCCAGAUUAAUGAGCUGUUUGAUACCAUCACAUACAGCAAGGGAGCUUCUGUCCUCAGGAUGUUGUCGGAUUUCCUAACCGAAGACAUCUUUAAAAAGGGGCUCCAGACCUACCUGAAGACGUUUGCAUUUCAAAACACCGUCUACACAGACCUCUGGACACAUCUGCAGAUAGCCGUAAACCUCACCGGUACUGCCCUACCUAAGUCAGUCAAUGACAUCAUGAACACCUGGGUGCUGCAGAUGGGCUUCCCUGUGGUCACCAUCAACACCGCUACUGGAAACGUUUCCCAGAAGCACUUCCUGCUGGAUCCAGAAUCUGAAGUCACCACUCCUUCCCCCUACAACUAUGAGUGGAUCGUUCCAAUGCAGUGGAUGAAGACCGGAGCUGUGCAGAAUCUGACGUGGCUGGAGACGAAAUCAGCUUCAAUCCCGGCGAUGACGGUAACGGGGAAUGAGUGGGUGCUGGCCAACAUCGACGUGGUGGGAUACUACAGGGUCAACUACGACCAGGCCAACUGGGACAAACUCCUCAAUGUUCUGAACACCGACCAUGAGCUCAUUCCAGUGAUCAACAGAGCCCAGCUGGUGGACGACGCCUUCAACCUGGCCAGAGCAAAGAUCAUCCAGACAGUGGAGGCCCUAAAAACCACCACGUACCUGAGCAAAGAGAGAGCCUACAUGCCGUGGGCGUCGGCCAUCAACAACCUGGACUACUUCUACCUGAUGUUCGACCGCAGUGAGGUCUACGAGCCCAUGCAGGAUUAUCUGAGGAAACAGGUGACCCCUCUCUUCAACUACUACGAAAACCUGACAGGGAACUGGGCUGAUGUUCCUGCAGGACACAUGGACCAGUAUAACCAGGUGAACGCCAUUAGCCUGGCCUGUAGGACCGGCCUGCAGGAGUGUCAGGAGUUGACCUCAUCUUGGUUCAGAGACUGGAUGAACACUGGUGUCAACAAGAUCCACCCCAACCUCCGCUCCACCGUGUACUGUAACGCCAUCGCAGCAGGGGGCGCCGCUGAGUGGCAGUUUGCCUGGGAUCAAUUUCAAAAAGCCAGCAUUGCCACUGAAGCUGAUAAACUACGCUCUGCACUGGCCUGCACCAAAGAAGCCUGGCUGCUGAACAGGUAUCUGGAAUACACCCUGAACCCAGAUCUGAUCCGGAAGCAGGAUGCCACCUCCACCAUCAUCUACAUCGCCAACAAUGUGGUUGGUCAGUCUCUGGCGUGGGACUUUGUCAGGGCUCGAUGGGAAUACAUCUUCAACCAGUAUGGUGGUGGAUCGUUCUCCUUCUCCAACCUCAUCAACGGAGUCACUGAACGCUUUUCCACCGAAUUCGAGCUUCAACAGCUGAAGCAGUUCAAAGCCGAUAACGCUGACAUUGGUUUUGGCUCUGGGUCUCUGGCACUGGAUCAGUCCAUCGAGAGAACCACGGGCAACAUAAAAUGGGUCACAGAGAACAAGAACAAUGUUCUGAACUGGUUCACAGCUGAAUCUACGCCCUAAUGAGGAGUUUACUUGUUUAUUGUGUAAUUUAAAAGUGUUCUAUGUCCCUAGACUAAACACAAGUGUUUGUGCUUCUGAAAAAUGAGCUUAGAUGUUCACCUUAAACUUUAAAUUGGACCCAAAUUAGCUGCUGAGCUUUACCUGUGCUACAAUUUAUUUAAAUUGAAUUGAAAAUUACAAUAUACUUUGAAUCCUUGAAAACAGAAAAACAAAUAACAUUCAAAUUUGACACUUUAAGUCAAACAGAGGUCUAGAGAAGACAUGAUUUUGUUGUUUUAUACUUUUAAAAUCUGUUUUUUUAAGAGUUUUACAGUCUCCUGGUUAUACAAAAGCAGUUCCUUAUGAAUGGGGACUUUUUUGUGUUUUCGUAUAAUGUUUGGAUGAUAGUUUAGUGAUGUCAGGGGAAACAAAAAGUCCUCUCUGGCCUCUAAAUAUAUGAGCUUCAAUAGUUUCAGUUUCUUCAUAUUAAAUAUUGAGCUCCUGAGUUGGCAACUUCAGGACCUCAGAUUUAAGAAUUAAGGUUCACUGUAUUUCUUGUCCCGCUGCAAAAUAAUUUAUGAUAAAAUUGGAUUGUUAAUGAGGACAUUUCUUUAUUUAUUGUUCACACUAGCUCUGGUUAUGAUGACUUUUUGCUCUGAAACCAGUGUGUUUCUUUUUAUUUUGUUUCCGCUUCUAAAUGGACAAAAGAAAAGGAAUAUCUGUUCACUUUUAAAAUUGAAAUACUUAAUUUUGUCAGUAUUCUUUGUCUAGGAGAUA